AUGGAAACGGAGUUCGCAUUUUCGACGCCAACGUGGGGUAAUAACGUACGAGCGUUCCUGUCGCAGUUUUCGGAUGUUUUUAGUGCUUUUGCCCGUUAUAUUUCACCAUCAUAUCAUCACGACCGAUGUGAACGUUCGGUGCAGAUGAGACUGUAUGCCCUGAGUAAGAGGCAGUUUGUGAUGGUCUACAUCAUCUUCUUUGUAUGCUUUGGUAUCAGUGUCUUGGUUGGAGUAACAGGCCCACCAAUUAUUGAGACUGUAUCUCAAAAUUCAUCUGCUUUACCAAACUCCAGCGGCAUCAAUAAAAAGACAGGACCAUUUGUUUUGAAGUCCCCUCCAAUGUCCACAUUUCACCAGCAGCUGUGGUUGAUCGCAGAUAUAAGAACAGAUAGCCAAGGAGGCUCACGAUUUGAGCAGCCAUUUACAGUGAGUGUUCAGAUAAGGGGACUUAAAUCUGAUGAGGAGUUACUGUCCUCAACCAAAAACCCGGAGCUCAACACUCAUACUCACAACAGGACUCGAGUGUUACGGUGUUCUAAUAAAUGUGAUGACCUGAUAUUGCUACAUCUGGGAUACCUGGAUUUUUACCGUUAUAUUAUCACAGUGGAGUUUUACGGGCUGGAGAAUACUAAGUUUCACUUCAGUGACAUUAUUUACCAUUUUAAGAGUUACAACACAUCCUUCACUAACACAGAGAUCUGGAUUCGAUUUGUUUUUCUCUUUCUGACAUUCAUUGUUACAUUAGAGAAUCCCUUGCUCUUACCUCUACUACUGUUAUACAAUGAUCCCUUAUUUCCCCUGACAUUCCUGGUUAACAGCUGGGUGCCGGGAAUGUUUGACGCCAUUUUCCAGGCCUCCUUUCUUUGUGCCCUCUUACUGUUCUGGUUGUGUAUAUAUCAUGGAGUCAGACAGACUGACAGAAGAUUUUGUAAGUUUUAUUUGCCAAAAUUACUAGUGGUGGGGUUCAAAUCAGUUAAAAAUCAGCUGUCAAAAUGUGAUUCUUCUAAUCACAUGAUUAAAAUUAAUUGUCUUUACUCUGUUUACAACGGUUUUAAGAUUUUCUUCUUUGUUGUGGGAGGCCUGUAUCUUUUGUAUUUACUCUAUCUUCUG